UGUGCCAUGGGGAGAGCUAGACCAACCGUUUGACUACGACCGGCCACUCAAUCUUGACAGAAAGGAGGAAAACACACAGGAGACCAGCAAGUACAAGAAGAAGUUCAUGGCAGGAGUGAUUGUGGUCCUUUGCCUCAGCGUGGUCGCUGCGCUGUUUCUCCUACAAGGGAAAGAGACCGCGGCGUAUGCUGGUCAAAAGACAGAGGCAGCAGCGGAGGUUUCUACGACAGCUCCAGUCAAAGUCCUAGUCAAGGUAACACCGGCGCCUUCAAAACCUUCAGUCGGUCUUACGUGCAUUACUGAAACCCUGUCGAAAGUCGUGGCUUCUGCGUACAACGACAUGUGCAACAGACUGUACGUGAAGCUGGAACUCGACGAAGACGGCUUCUUUAACCCAGCUCCAGCAUCAAUGAAAGAAAUCAGCAUUGUACACCCGAAGACAGUGGGAUACGCCAUCUCACUUCGUGGCCGAGAAGACUACUCAGCGCUUUUCGCUGCCGCGAAAAAGGAUGAAAAUUGGUUGAAGAUGGGUUGCGCAUUGCUGGACGUGGCUUUUCGAAAAGUGUUUGCGACGAACGUGGUCAAAGAUUUCGUUGCUAUCGUGAGCAACCAUAUGCAGAAAGAAAUGGUCAUGAUCAGCAUUGAACCUGAUGAUUACAUCAGCAAGUUCAAGGACAACAUCCAGCCAUCAAGACUGACAGGCGUCCACAUCAUCGUGGUUGGCACAAGACAGGGGCAUUUUUCCUGCCCGACAGAAGGCCUCUGGAAGCAACAGGAGUCGUUGGAUCUUGCCAUUCUGCUGAAUAAGAAACUCCCACAACCCAUUUCAAUCGGCACAACAGUGGCAGUGGCAGAAUUGCAGUUUGUUUCAGGUCAAAGUGGUGCAUGCAAAAGCGUGACGAAGGUGACAGAAGAAUUGCAGGGUUGUAAUGGGAAAUCUACGCAGAAAAAAUUCUUGUGUGGCCCCAAAAUAUAUUAUGCCGAGACGGACUCAACAAUGAAGGCAAUGGCAAGCUACGCGAAGAAAUACGGGCUCAACUGCGCUCUGCUAGACUCGGAGGUGGGACAGCUGGCGGCCAAGUACGUCAUGCGAAGCAUGUCCAGCUUGAACUGCAACUCCACAGGGACGAGUGGCCGCGGUGACGUCGCCGACAACGACGACGCUUGACACUUGCGGUCUGCAGGAGGAAGGCACCGGCGUCCAGGCUUGGGCAGAGUUGGAACUCAGCAAGAGAAUAGCGAGCAGGCAUUAUGCAGCAGUGUCACGUCCCGGCCUGCUGCCCAGCUGACUUUUGUAAAUUCCACCAGAGUUCAGACGAGUUCUGAUAAAACGCACGUUCCUGUUGCACUGUAGCCAUUG